CUUGACUCUUGACUGUUGACUCUCUUUUUUCUGAUUUUGAUAUCUUUGUAUCAAGUCUCUUUUGAUUUCCGGCUUGCUGACUUGCCUUCCGAAGCACAACUAACGUCCCUGCUCCACGACUUGAGCAUUUUCUCGCGCAUCCUGUACCUUCCUCGACACCGCCCCACAUUCUCAUCUUGCUGCUUGCCCUGAUCGCUACCCACGAGCAAUUUGCGUGGCUGAGCAUCGAGGCCCUCCGCACGUCUGCUACAGAAACGCUUUCGGACGGAUAGAGCGCUGGCACUGGUGGCUAGUGCUGGUGUUCGGACUGGAAGCGCGCCCGGGCAAGGUCACCAGAGGUGCUCAGACUGCGUGACCGACUUCAGCAUGGUCUCGUUCAACUGCGAAGGAUGUUUCGACGUGAUCAAGAAACCCUCGCUUCUUGUUCUUAGCAAAUUGGAUGCGCAUCAUCAGAGAUGCAAAGCUCCUUUUACGUGCUUGGAUUGUUCUACCGUCUUCAACUCUCCCCAAGCUUGGAAACCGCAUACUACGUGCAUCUCUGAAGCUGAAAAGUAUGAGAGGAGCGUGUACAAGGGCAACGCGAAUGGCAAGGGGAAGGGAAAAGGCAAGGCGCAGCCUCAGGAACAAGACCAAAGAAAACAGGGUUUGAACCCUGCGGUCAUAGCGCAGAGGAAGAGUGGUGAUGCUUCAGCUCAAGCCGAUGUCCAGUCCGCAUCUCGUGCCAAAGGGAGCGACAGCGCAGCGGAACUUGCUAGCGAGGUUGCAGCCGCUUCGAAGACAACAAAGAGCCCAAAGUCCAAAAAGCGCAAAGAGAGCGAUUCGGGGGAAGAGGUUGGAGCUGAGCAGAAGGCCGACCGAACAAAGAAGAGCAAGAAGGACAAGUCGAUAGAGUCGCCGGAAGAGAAGGCGGCGCGCAGAGCGGCCAAGGCCCUGUCCAAGGAAGCAGAGCGGAGUGGGGAGCAGUUGCAAGCGACUAGCGUCACGAAUGCACGGGUGGCAGACGAAGCACCGACCUCCGCUACGGCACGCGUGGAAGCAAAGGAGAGCAAGGAGGAUAGGAAGGCGAGAAAGGAAGAGAAGAGGAAAAGAAAGGAGGAAAAGAAUGUAAAGAAGGCAAAGAAGGCUCAGACGGCACAAGCGCUUGGCGAACAAGCGGAGUCAUUUGCAGAUCAGGCCAGGGUAGAAGAGCGGUCGGCCCCAGGCUCCGUCAUUGAGCGCUCCUUGCCCGCUCAGCCAACGCCGGGCCUCUCGACCUGUACGGACACACCGCCUCGACGUCUCGUAGCUGUGGCUCCGAGCACUGCGAGCGCUUCUCUAGCGCCAUUGCCUGCUGUUCCCAGCUUGGUGGCAGGUUCAUCUGGCGGCAGCAUCACGCGCAUAAGCGGCGGGCGACAAAAACAGCGUCUGGUGGGAUCGGCAAGCAAGAAGAAUACCAAGUGGUCUUUGAACGAAUCUUUGCCGGGACACAAGCUGUUGAGCUCGAUGGGAUGGAAAGCGGGUCAGGGGAUCGGGAGUUUGAUAGAGGGGAGGCAAAAGGGCCCAGUGGCGGAUAGCGUCAUAUUGAAGUUGGACAAGGGAGGUAUUGGAGCGAUGAGAGCUCAGAGGGAGGCAAAGCAGGGUGGAGACGAAUGGAUCGCAUCGAACCCGGCGGGAGCGAACGAUCUGGGCGAUUUGUUCGCUAGACUCAAUCAGCACACUUUUGGCAUCCAGCAGCAGCAGCAGCAGCAGCACCAGCAGCCCGAGCAGGAGCAUCGAGAAGCGAAGGACGAAGUUGGUGGGCAGGUCAAGAAGAGAAAAAGGGAUGAGACGAAGGAGGAACGCAAAGAGCGCAAACAGGCGGAAAAGAUUGCGAAGAGGGGGUUAAAGGAGGCUGAAAAGGCUGAUGCGGGGUGUGCGCGUAAUACUACUGUGGAGGCCGAAGCGGUGGAGCAAAUCAAGAAGAACCUUCCGAUUCGAGGAGCCUCAAGAGCAAAGUACCUGCGCGCAAAGAGAAUGGUGGGGCAAGACCAGACCAGCGUGAACGAGAUACUGGGAAUCGUCUCUUCGCCUUCGGGGAGCGCAACGCCUCAGCAAUCGCAAAGUGGGACGAGCACGCCUCUUGUCGACGCGCCCAAAUCGGCGUCUCGAUCCGCGGCCAAUUCAAAGCGUCCAAGUGGCGAAUCAUCAUCAUCAUCAAGCUUGCCGAACGCGCAGACGAGAGGGAUUUCCACUGCAGCUCGAACAGAAGCACAAGCGGUCACGGUCGACCCCUCCUUCGAACCUGGGGCGGGAAUGAGAGUGUCCAACUUGAGCGUGCAGGAAUACCUCACCAGAGCUCUCAUGAGACGCAAAGCGGAGAUUGUCAAGAAGAAGCAAAGGGAGGAGGGAGGUGUUUGGGACAGAGCGAGAGAGGUGCAGAUCAAUCUGAGCGUUCGCUGAGCUGCAUGCGAGCAGCAAAAAAGAAGUACCCCUUUCUUGAUGGGCGCGGGUUAGAAGCGCACUCUACAUGGAUCUUGCAAGACGCACGUCAGCGUCCUCCACGGAUUCUGCUCGCAAGUCAAAUGGUCAAUCAUGCAAGGAUUGGCCUGUACGCCCCAAAAGGCGCUGCUGCCUUUACUGACUUAUGGACGAUUGCAGGAUGACUUACCAAGGAUUGUAAUAGUAGCUCUCGC